UCCCUCGGUACCCGACGCGGCAUUUCAUACGAAUCGUACGUUUGAAAUCGGAAUUCCGAGUUCGAAUUUGACGUUCAGUGAAAAAGUUUCAUGUGGAGUGUUGAACUCUUUGGUGGGUUGUGAAAAAGUUAAAGUGUUUUUUUUUAUUUGGUGAAGUGUGGUGGUUUCGCAGGUACAAUUUAAUAGAAUCAGUUGCCGUCCAAUCGAAGGGUUAAAACGCGCAUUGGGAAACAAAAUGGUGCUGAGACGUUUAGCCAGAUGAACUCUAUGGCUCCUACGUCUCGGGGCUGAGAAGAUGACUCCAGCGGGCCUCUUGGUCUUCUGUUCUGUGCUGACGAGGACGCUAUGCGUCAUAGCGCCGCAAAUACCAGACUUCAAAACCGGCGACAAAAAGGUAGUCAACGGACCAUUCUGGCACGAAGUAUUCACGGAAAGCUACGAAGACAUAGACGAGGAUGUGUCCACGACUACUACGGAACCACUGCCUUUCUUCGAAGACGACGCAGCUAGCAGCAACGUGACGGCUCAGCUUGGGAGUCGAGUGCAUUUGCAUUGCAGAGUACAUGAUUUGGGAGAGAAAACUAUAUCCUGGGUUCGUCGUCGCAACGAAGAGUUACAUCUACUCUCUUUCGGCCGCCAUACUUACUCAGCUGAUUCUCGCUACUCGCUAGCGUUCGAGCAGCCCAAUGAUUGGCGCUUGCUCAUACAGUACGUGAGUGAGAGAGACGAGGGAUUCUACGAGUGUCAGAUAUCGACGCAUCCGCCGUUGGUGAGAAGAGUCUAUCUUACUGUUGUUGUGCCAAAAGUGGAGAUCGUUGACGAACGGGGCCGUCCGCUCCAAGAUAAGUUCUACAAGGAGGGCUCCAUUAUAGAGCUUCGGUGUGUCGUCAGCGAGGUCCCGCAGCCGACCAGACAAGUCAACUGGAAGCACGGGACGAGAUUACUCAACUACGACACCAAGAGAGGCGGAGUUAGCGUGAAGACAGAAGCGCACACUAAUGGCGCCCUCUCGCGGCUGUACAUAGCGAACGCGAACAGAAAUGAUUCCGGCAAUUACACGUGUUCACUAGCUGACGUCGCCGCGUCCGCUGUAUCUGUGCACGUUUUGAGAGGAGAAAAUCCUCUCGCUAUGCAGCGUGGUGGCGCGUCUUCGCUUUCGUAUCCAAUACUGGCUCUCUUCGUCGCUAUAGUUAGCUGACAUCUGGCCAACGCGCAAUGUACGCGUGCUAUAAAUGAAUAGUCGUAAUUACUAUGAUAAUCGCUAGACUUAUAAUCUCUUAGUACGCAGUCGGUGUUCUUAAGUUGAAUUUUGUGGUUAAAAAUGUGGUUAAAAAUAUUUUUUUACAUUUUAAUAAACUUUUAAAUAAGUGCUCUUUUUAUUCAUUCAUUUUGAUAAAUUAAGGCAACAUACGUUAAUUGUCAUUAAAAAUAAUAAUAUAAUGAUAAAAAAUAUUAUUUUUUUAUGUUGAUGCCUUUUAACCAACUUUUAAAAAGGAGGAGGUUCACAAUUCCUCCCGAUCUUUUAUUAUCAUUAAAAUCAAAUAACGAAUAAACAAAUCUGUCUGAAAAUAUGUUGACUAUAAAUUAAAUAUACCUCGUUCGUUAUAUAUUGCUUGAGCAAUUUAUUUACAUGAAAGGCGAAACAGUACUUUAAUAUAGGAGAAUCGUAAUUUAAAAGAACUCUAUUUCCCGAAGAAACGGAAAUAUUAUUCGCUGUGGAACCCAGCUGCGUACUAUUUCUUAAAAGAUUAAAAUUCUAAAAGUUAUUUUACCAUUUAGAAUAUAAAGUUGUUUAUGAGACAAUGUUAUGUUAACUUAAGUUUUCUAAGAAAACUAAAAACUUGUUAAAUUUAAAAAUGGAAGCAUUAAAAGUUAAUUGUUACAUUUGAUUCAUUCGAUUUUAAAUACAGAAACGUUGGAUUGUGUUCGGCCAGCAACAUUAUCAUGUUUCUUUUUGAAAUAUAAAAUUAACUUCGUAUAUUUUUGCCAGUGUUGUUUUUGAGAAUGCCUAAUUUAAAAUUUAAGUAAAUUUUCCUGUGAAGAAUGUCAACGAAAUUUUGCGGUGUAAAUUGACUUGAUGAAUCUCUGAGGCUUAAUAAAGAAGACGAAGUUUGUGAGUUUGUUUACGUUUCAACGGUUCCACUGUGAUAUUAAGUUAGUUGGAGCUUACUGUAUACAGCUGCAAAGUUUCAGGAAUGACCCAAAAAUGUGCUCAACACAGAAGGGUAGGUAUUAUAUUAAAAAGAUUCAAAGAACAAUAAAAAAAAAGUCAUAACAGACAGGGUUUUCUUAUAAAUUAUUUCAGAAUAGAAUGACUAUAUAUUUCUUUCAUGAAAUUAUUUUCGCUCUUUCAUCUGAGGUUUGCUCGGUUUCUUCCUUAGCCAUUAGUUACGUAUGUCAAUAAAAACUGUUGAAUGGUUUUAUGCGGCCGUCGCCAUUGAGCAAAGUUGCUUCGUAAGAGCUUAGAAAUUUUAUAGUACAUCAAACAAGUGAAGUCAUGGGAAAUGUUUGGUAAUCAAAAAGUUGGAAUAGCUUCAUUAGCGAAAGACCGUGAACAUUCUAAAGUUACGCUACAUACUGUCGCUCUUGAAUAUUUUAACUUGAUUUCAGCAUAAUUAAAAAAAUAUAGGUACAUAGCGGUUUGUAACAAACAAACAAAAUGACAAAAGAACAGAUAACGUCGGCCGCAUUUAAUACAAAACAAAGUAAAAGUAACUUCAAAAGAAACAAACCGAAAGCGAUUUCUUUUUUUGAAAUUCAAAAUUUUAAUUAGUUGGAGAAAAAAAAUAUCCGAACCGAUUUUAGAACCUAGAACUUUUUACUUUUUUAUUUUUUGUUGAUCUAUGUACACACUGGCAGGAAAGAAUCUUUUCAUGUAUGGCAAAUUACAAAAGCUUUUCUUUGCCAAACAAAGGUGGAAGAAUGACGUCACUUAUUUAUCUAUAGUAAAAAGAUCAACAAGCGCUUACCAGCACCAACGAAGGAUUUAAAAUUUGAAUACUGUUUUCAUUCAUAGAAAGAAAAAAAUCGCUUUUGAAAAAAAAGGAAAACAUAUUUUCAGCCCGAGUUUGUAUAUUUUAGUAAUUGAUAGACUUUUUUCCGGCUUUAGUAAAAUGAUUUUUCUUUAUAGGCAAGCUUACUCCCAGUUUUUUCCCAAUUUGUUCCCAAAAAAUAGAUGGAUAUGCGCCGGAAUUUUUGAGAAAAAAAAGUAAAGGACAAAUUAACAUGCAUAAUCCAUCCAUUCAUCUUUUUCAUGCGAAUUAUGAAACCCGUAGACCAAAACAGUAAGGAAAAUUCGAUAAAUGUGAAAAACUGCAAACCUUUUGUGUUUCUAGGGCUGUCACCUGGACAGAGCUGUGUUAGAGCAGCUAUUUCAAAUUGUAUGGUUAUCCUUUGUGAGUUGUGCAAUAAAAGUGCUAUUUGAAGAAUUAUUGUACGUACUUUACAAUGUAGGUACAGACGGACAAAAGACUUCGCAUGGACAACUCGAUUGUGGUUAUGCCAUUGCAAUUGUGACAACUGUGUUACAAAAUAUGAGUGUGUUUUAUGAUUUUUAUGUCCGCAAUAAAUUACAUAUUCAUGGGUUCACGGUAAAGUUUAUUUAUUCAAGAAGGUCUUACAAUCUAAUAACAUAUAGGUAUAUUUAAAAAGUAAUAAUAUUACUGUAGCUGAUAAGUUUGUAUUAUAUAAUAUAGUAUUUUAUAUAUAACAUAUUAUUUUCGUGAAAAAUACAAACAAUAUUGUUAUAACAUUUUAUUUAAUUUUUUUUCAUGUAAAGUCGGUAAAAUAUUUUCUUCUGGUUUUGUUGUAUCACAUUAGCUAUUUAACUAGUUUUGAAAAUAAUAAUCGGAUGAAAAAAAUCUGUAAUCGAACUGAAAUCGAACCUGUGUCUAUCCGGGUAUGCUUCUUAACAUUUAUCCUUUAAACUAGAUUAUAGAUCUCAUAUUUUUGGCAAACUAUUUUUUUCUUUCUUUUAACAUAAUCGCUGUUUGUUAGUGAAUGUUUUAUUUUUAAAUAUUUUUGAAAUGAAAUCGUCGUGUAAAUUGGUUCACUGGAAAAAUUUGUUAUUCUUUAAUAUAAAUAUAAUUUAAAUAAAAAUAAGUUUUGAUUUGUGUUUAUGUAAAUGUAACCUUGCAAUCUUUCCAUUACUAAUGAUCACUAUAAUAUAUUGUAAAUAAAUUAUUAUAUUGAAAUGAAAAUUGUACAUAGUUGUAGAUAGUAUACUGCAUAAACACUAAAAUCUGUAUCAUUAUGUCAUCAUAUAAUUAUAUAAAUAAUACUAUGUUUUAGUUUAUCUUUUUGCGUUCACCUAAAAUAAUUAGCUAUUUACUAAACCUAUCCAAUUUAAUCAUGAUUGUUAUUUUUUAAAUCUGAAUAGAGUAUGUAUUGUAAUUUGAAAAAAAUAUUGAUUUAUAUCACUUCCACUUAUUGUUUAAUGUUAAUCCAGAAAUUCUACAAGAACCUCGAAGAAAAUUAUUUUUUGUCAAAAUCGCCUCUAUCACUUUUCCCCCUAUUUUAAUUAGGUACAUACAAUUGAAUAAUUCAUAUAAAAACUAAAUACCACUCACCUAGAAAGAAAUAAAAAUUUUAUAAAUCAAUUCUAAGCACAUUUGUAUGAAAUUUUUGAACGAAAAGGUGAUACAAUACUUUUGCAAAACUGAGUUGAAAAUUAUCAGAAAUAGCGCUGUAUCAUGUUCAAUAAAAAUAAAAAGAAAUAGCCGGAAUUUUCCGAUUCGUCGGAAAUUUUUCCUAUUUUAGUAUCGGUGAAUACUAAUCUGAGGAUGCUAUUAAAUUUGACAUGAACAAAAGUGCACAAAAGUGGAAAACUACAGAAUUCUGAAUUCAAACAUAGAAAUGUCAUUCGAAGCUUAUGAUAUUGUCCUCGCUUUUAUGCGAGGUCUGUAUGCGGGUUCUGUAGUUAUUUUGAAAUUGUUCAAAUGUGACUUAAUAUAAGUGAUAUAAAGUCAUAUUUGAACAGUUUUAACAGCCAAGUUUUAGCGUAUGUUCCGCCCUAGAAUAUUAAUAUGAAGUGAACUCGAUAUCCUGACGUGGAUGUAAUACGAGGCGUUUAAAGGACAGAUAGUAGUGGCAGCUGAUAUUAAUAGCAUUCUCAGGGAGGGUUGAGGGAGGCGGUGAAAUCACAACCGAUUCUUCAAAAUUUUGAUAUUUAUUUUCAUUGCUUACUCCGGGAUUUGGCGCAGCAAUGAGAGAGAGAAAUAUUUAAUUCACGGUAGUGCUUUCAGCUGAAAAGAUAACUUUAAAAUACUGGCGAUUCGGCUGCGAUUCUCUGUCCGCUUGCCUGACUGUCUCUUUCUGUCUCUCAACCCUCCCUGAAAAUACUGUUGUUGUUGAUCAGACAUCCACGGGAGAAUAAUGAGUGUUCCAAUGUAGGGCGGAAACCGUUCGCCACCAAAGAUGGUCGGGACGCCGGGAAAAAGCCGGACUUGGAAUAAACUUUGUCGUGCAAAUUUUAUAAUCGAAAAUACUGAAAUUGGCCUUUAACUCUUAUAUUAUUCAUCAACCGAUAAAUUAUGUACCUAACCUAAAUCUGAGAGAGUUAUCGCCAGAAUUGUUUCAUUAUUGUAAUUUUAUGUAAAUUUUGUUAUUGAGAAACAACAAUAAUAAUGAAGUAUGGUAAAGUGGUAACUGUUGUUUUUUAAUUAAUUUGUUAAUGAUCGUUUAACUGUAUACAGUAAAU